AUGGAUAGACCAUCAUCUUUUGAACUAUUGCCAAAUGAAUUAUUAAUAGAUAUUUUUGAAUAUCUUCCUACACAAGACUUAUACAAAACAUUUUUUGGACUUAAUUCAAGAUUAACAAAAGUUAUCAAUUCAUUUCAAGAAUUUCAUUUCGAACAACCAGAAUUUGAAAAGAUUGAUGAUUCACCGUUUGCACAUCAUGUCACAACAUUAGUUAUUCAACAUUCAAAUAAAAUUGAUUUAACUCGUUAUCCUAAACUUCGUGCAGUAAAACUUCAAUGGCCAACGAAACAACAAUGUAAUCAAACAAUAAAUCAAUUUCAGCUAGAACAUUUAUAUAUCGGUCAUGCAAAUUAUGAAGGUGAUACUCAACAACUUCUCGAACAUAUUUUUAUAAAUGGAUUUCCUCAUUUACAUUCAUGUUAUCUAGAAAAUUUCAUAGGAAAUAGAUCAAUCAUCCGUUUAUCUUCUACUAUUUUACCAACUUUAGUUUCAUUAAAAAUAUUUACAAAAUACUCAGCAGAUAUUGUUUCUUUACUCUUCUUAUGUCCAAAUCUUAAUCGAUUAUCAAUUAAAUAUUUUGCUAAUGCUAGUAUUGAUCCUAAUAUUUUUAAAGAAUGGUCAUUAUUGCCACAUAAACAUUUACAUGCACUUAUAUUCGAUAGUGUUGAUCAGAUGUCUAUUGAAACAAUCGAUUCAAUAUUGGCAUUUGUACCGAAUGUUACGUAUUUAUCAAUUAUUAGUCCUCGAUGUAAUACCAAUAAAAUACAUAUUGGAAAAAUUGGGCAUACGCUACAUCGACGUUUACCUAAUUUACGUCAAUUUUAUACGAGCAUUUGGCUCGAUGAUUUACCAUUGAGUGACAAUUAUAUGUUCAGUAUCGAAGCUAUUCAACCACUUCAUCCACUUUUUAAACAAAUAAAAUUAAGUUCUGGAGGUAGACGGUUGAUAAUUUCGUCCUCGUCUUACCGAAGUAAAUUUAUGUAG